GACACAGGCAAGGCGCUGUCCUUUCAGCACCACGAGCUCGGGCUGAGGAGGGAGGACUCCUGGCCGUCCUCCUCCUCUUCAAAUUGGCUUGAAUCUGCUCUGACCCCCCAAGAGUGCAUCACAGUCUGGGAAGAAAGGUGUAAGGAUGGUGAAGCUGAACAGUAACCCCAGUGAGAAGGGAACCAAGCCGCCUUCGGUUGAGGAUGGCUUCCAGACCGUCCCUCUCAUCACUCCCUUGGAGGUUAACCACUUACAGCUGCCUGCUCCGGAAAAGGUGAUUGUGAAGACAAGAACGGAAUAUCAGCCUGAACAGAAGAACAAAGGAAAGUUCCGGGUGCCGAAAAUCGCUGAAUUUACGGUCACCAUUCUCGUCAGCCUGGCCCUCGCUUUCCUCGCCUGCAUCGUGUUCCUGGUGGUUUACAAAGCCUUCACCUAUGACCACAGCUGCCCAGAGGGAUUUGUGUAUAAGCACAAGCGCUGUAUCCCGGCCUCUCUGGAUGCUUACUACUCAUCCCAGGACCCCAAUUCCAGAAGCCGCUUCUACACGGUCAUCAGCCACUACAGUGUGGCCAAGCAGAGCACUGCUCGGGCCAUCGGGCCGUGGCUGUCGGCGGCUGCUGUCAUCCAUGAGCCCAAGCCGCCCAAGACCCAGGGCCAUUAG